AUGUCUCCAAUCUUUACCCAGGCAAGAACCAUGGACUCGGACUUGGUGGUGCUGAUUCUCAUCCCAUCCGCUUCACUCUCAGCUGCGAACCGAUCCAAAUCUGGAGUGAUCAGUGUCCAGGAGGGCUUGUACGGCCGCACAGAUGCAGAAAUCUGCAAAGAGGGGCGACCUCCACAGCAGCUUGCUAACACAGCGUGCUCUCAGGCAGGCGCUGUGGACGUCCUCAAGUCAAGUUGCAAUGGGAGAAACAGGUGCAACAUCAGAGCGAGCAAUGGGGUCUUUGGAGACCCCUGCUUUGGCACCUACAAGUACCUGAAAGUUCUUUACACCUGUGAAAAAUCUGGAAUGAUCAGCGUCCAGGAGGGUUUGUACGGUCGCACAGACCCAGAAAUCUGCAAUGAGGGUCGCCCUCCACAGCAGCUUGCUAACACAGAGUGCUCUCAGGAAGGCGCUCUGGAUGUCCUCAAGUCAAGAUGUAAUGGCAAGAAAACAUGUGAACUGAACGUCGAUGUUUUCCGUACUUCUGAUCCCUGUGUUGGCAUCUUUAAAUAUUUGGAGACCAACUUCACCUGCUUGCCACCAAACACUUUUCAUGUCUUGGCAUGUGAGGACUCUUUGGCACAUUUGUCUUGUGAUGAAUGGAAAGUUAUAUCCGUCCGCAAGGCCAUCUAUGGACGCCUUGACCAGACCACAUGCAUAUUCGAAAGACCUCCAUCUCAGGUCCAAAACGAUGAAUGCAAAAGCAAAGUGACAUCAGUUGUUGCAAACAGUUGCAAUGGGAAAAACAGCUGCACCAUCAGAGUGAGCAACGGGGCCUUUGGAGACCCCUGUGGGGGCACCUACAAGUACCUGAAGGUUUUUUACAAGUGUAAUUGCGGGGUGCCGGAGCGCCUACUGCUGCUGGGGCUGGCCCGUGUGCGUUCGGUGGCGCUGGUUCUCCCUCGGCCUCCCUUGCCUCUAGAGGGGGUGCGGGGUCCUCCCUGGGCCCUCCUGCUCGGCUGCCACGUGGUAUCGUCUGGAGCCCUGGCUCGCCCCACAGACAAAGCGACUGUAUGA